GAUUAAGCCAGUCCUUCCAGGAAGGUGUAAUUGUAAUUAAUGAAAGAACAGCUUUGGGGGUCAGCGUUCAAUGCAUAUCUACCUUGGACUCUCACAUCAUCAGAUCUCAGAAGCUAAGCAAGUGGGUGGCGUGUAUCCCUGCCGCUGGAAACGAAGAUGAAAAACUGCUGGCUUCUCCCUUCUGUGGGCUUCAUUUUACACAUGCUGGCGGGGUGUGGUGCUACUGUGAUCCUCUCAGUUCCAGCAGCUGUGAUAUUAGAAAAAGACACUUCAAGGAAUAUAAGUAUCAAAUUGAGUUCCCCGCUAGGUGUGAGAACUGAGAUCACGUUUAAUAUCACCUAUUCUUCAAAAAACACCACCAUUGUUCAGCUACCAGACCAGGUAACAUUACCACCUGAAGCAAGCUCUACAAGCUUUGGAGUCCAAGCUAAACAUGUAGGCCAGGUUACUGUUUACCUAAACAGCAACAACUCAAACCAGACCGGAUCUCCAGCUCGAAUUCGCUUCCUGGUGGUACAGAGCGCCGCUGUUGAAAUCGUCAACCAAGUGAUUGGUUGGAUUUAUUUCCUGGCCUGGUCCGUCUCGUUUUAUCCGCAGGUCGUGGAGAACUGGAGAAGGAAAAGUGUCAUAGGGUUGAAUUUUGACUUCUUGGCAUUAAAUCUCACAGGGUUCAUUGCAUACAGCGUGUUCAAUGUGGGUAUGUUCUGGGUCCCCUAUGUAAAGGAGGAGUUUCUGAGGCGCAGCCCCAACGGGGUGAAUCCUGUAGAAGCUAAUGAUGUUUUUUUCAGUCUCCACGCAGUUGUUCUGACUCUUGUAGUUAUCUGUCAGUGCUGUCUCUAUGAGAGAGGUGAGCAGAGAGUCUCAAAGGUGGCUAUUGGUCUGCUGGUGAUCGCCUGGGCGUUUGCCUUCUCAGCUCUGUUUGUGGCGGUCACAGGUACGAUCACCUGGCUGGAAUACCUGUAUUACUUCUCUUACAUUAAACUGGGGGUCACACUGGUCAAAUACAUUCCACAGGCUUACAUGAACUACCGGAGGAAGAGCACGGUUGGCUGGAGCAUCGGAAACGUCUUGCUGGAUUUUAUAGGAGGGAGCUUCAGUCUGAUACAGAUGUUCUUGCAAUCAUUCAACAACGAUCAGUGGAUGUUGAUUUUUGGAGACCCUACAAAGUUUGGUUUGGGAGUGUUCUCAAUCUUGUUUGACAUUAUGUUCAUCAUUCAGCACUACUGCUUGUAUCGACAAAAGAUAGAUGCAUACCAGCCUCUAGACUAGCCCACCGAAACUCAACAAAGCACAGCGCCCUCGCGGGACCGUUCCCAGCUGAGGGUAGAACCAUUAACAACUCCCCUUGUUUCCAUUUCCCUUCCACAUCCCUGUUCGUGUGCCUCACCAGUACUGGUACACAAGCCAGUCCAUUCUUGUAUUGCGUCUUUCAUACCACAGGGUCCUAAGCAUAGGUGCAAGUUUAUGAUUCCCUAGCAGCAGCGAAUCAAUGCAUCAGGUAAAGACGAGAACAGUCUCUGCAACUGGAUGGCCUCUAGGCAGUGGAUUCAUUGGGGUUCUGGACUCUCCAAAAACAAGACUCCAGUUGCAUAUUGAAGCAGCAAGGACGCCAGUAUCUGCAGACCUCACUUGAUGACCACUGAUUGUGCAAAACAUGCAUGAGUUCUUAUGAGUCUUCAGAUGCCAGGUGUGGAUGUGGACCUCAAUGAAAAGCCUUGAAAGAUACAUGAAUGAUGUUUUUAAACCGGCUAUUUUUGUUUUUUUUAACCCUUUGUGGUAAAAGGGACCUAUGCGUCUCACAAAUAAAAAUGGUGCUAGCUUUCUUAUUUUUUUUGCGGCGAGGCGCACGAAACACGGUUUAAAAUGUAACGAGGUUGGAUCUGCUCAUUCAAAUUGUCAUUUUCCGCCUCGUGAUAUUUGAGUCGCUCUCCAGUGUAUUUUCAGAAGAAACCGUUUGAACAAGCCCUCAGCUCCUUGUAUACGUUAAGGGGUUAAUGAAUACUUUGUCUUUAUAUUACAAAAACAUGUCUAAUAUGUAACUAUACAUACAAACAUGUACUAAUAUUGAAAUUCAUAUUCUGAAUGUUUUUUUAUAAAAGGUGUUAACACAAUUGCCAACUGUAAAAAAAAAUAAAAUAAUAAUUUUGACCUUCUGGUACAUCAGUUGAGGUGAAUAGAUAUAAUAACUGUUGAUUUGAAGAACACUGAUUUGAUACGACAAAUGUAAUUGUUUUUAGACUUGCAAACUAAUUAAAACACACUGGUGAGGAGUAAUUAAGUUAUUACCAGCUGUGGAGUAGAAGAAGAUAGUACUAUAUAGAUUCAGACUUAUUUAGCUUCUGCUAGUGAGAUAGUGUUCACUCUGCUCAUUAUCCAGGAUCAUGAGAAGAGACUACAUAGCAUAUCCAGAGAAACCAUGCUAUUAGUUUCAAAGCUUUGCAGGUAUACAAAGAUGUAUUCAUGUCAAUUUUGCAUUAGCCGCUGAGUUAGUUCCAAACUAUUUUAGGGCUCUGAAUAGUACAGCUUUGUUUUUUAAUCAAGGAAGUGAUGAAAGUGUCCCACCUACUGCAGUUAAGCUAAUGUUACACUAAUCGGUAUACCAAGUGUGCAAUGCAUGUGUGACAUGCACAGAACGAUCUGAAUGAAUGACAAAGCAGCAGCUUGCUACAGGGGGUAAAUUAUAAGCAAAAUUAUACUAACCCAGUUGUAGAUCUUUUUGUAAUAGCUAAUGUAUGAUUAGUGUGUUGCAGCUAUUCUGUAAACUUUUCUAUUUUGUCAUGUACAAAAAAUGGGAAACAAGUGCCUUUUCUAUCACUGAAGCAAAUGUAUACAUUCAAAUUAAUGCAUGACUUUUUAAUUAAAUACAAAAUAACUGCAAUCUA